AAUCUGUGGAUAUUUUUUUCGGUGUCGGUCUCGGUCAGUGAUGAUCUCGUUUCGUAUUCCGUAAUUUUACUAUAAUCAACUCGUAAAACAUUUUAAUGUACCUAUUUCUAACGCAUGUUUUCAGCCGUGUGAUUUCUUAAAUUAUUGUUAUUUUUAUUCGAAGUUAUAACUUUUAUUCUGCGGUGUUACAUACAAAAUUGCCUUCAGGUUAUUAUGUUACUCAACAAAACCAGGCUGGUGGGUUUCACUAAUAAAUCUCGCAAGAGCAAUAUGGAGGGUAACUCCACGUCAGACAUAGUGAUCAUAAGCGGCAACUCACACCCUGAACUAGCGGAAUUAAUUGCCAACCGUCUUGGUGUGAGGAAGGGAGGAUGCUCAGUAUACCACAAAACAAACAGGGAAACUAUUGUUGAGAUUGCUGAUUCCAUUCGUGGAAAAAAUAUUUACAUAGUCCAGACUGGCACUAAAGAUGUAAACAACAACAUAAUGGAGUUACUGAUAAUGGCGUAUGCUUGUAAGACUUCCUCGGCAAGGUCUAUUGUUGGAGUGAUUCCGUAUCUGCCUUACAGCAAACAAUGUAAGAUGAGGAAGCGUGGAUGCAUUGUGACCAAACUUCUAGCCAAAAUGAUGUGCAAGUCAGGUUUGACACACAUCAUCACAAUGGACCUCCACCAAAAGGAAAUUCAAGGUUUUUAUGAGUGUCCUGUUGAUAAUUUGAGGGCAUCUCCUUUCUUAUUGCAGUACAUUCAAGAAAGUAUUCCAGAUUAUCGCAAUUCGGUGAUAGUGGCUCGUAAUCCAGGGUCUGCUAAAAAGGCAACUUCAUAUGCUGAGCGUUUACGAUUAGCUAUUGCUGUGAUACACGGCGAACAGAAGGAAGCUGAAAGUGAUGAAGUUGAUGGGCGCUACUCACCUCCUUGCUUACCUAACCGAUCUCGUACUAUGGAUGUGUCUGUGGGAGUUCCUGUACAUCCAGCUAAAGAGAAGCCGCCUAUCAAUGUCGUUGGCGAUGUAGGAGGCAGAAUAGCUAUCAUGGUGGACGACAUGAUUGAUGAUGUUCAAUCAUUCGUCGCCGCUGCAGAGGUGCUAAAGGAAUGUGGGGCGUAUAAAAUUUAUGUACUGGCAACUCAUGGACUGCUCUCGUCUGAUGCGCCUCGACUUAUCGAAGACUCGCCCAUUGAUGAAGUUGUGGUCACUAACACGGUGCCCCACGAGUUACAAAAGAUGCAGUGUAACAAGAUUAAAACUAUCGACAUAUCAGUGCUGCUCAGCGAGGCGAUCAGACGUAUCCACAACAAGGAGUCCAUGUCUUACCUGUUCAAAAAUGUAACCCUCGAAGAUUAGUCAUACCUGAUGUAGCUUUCCAUGUUUUAAUGUUAAGUAUUAAUUAAGUAUUAUAUUCCUAAUUGAGUUUUAUAGUCACUGAUUUCAUUGUAUUAUUGUUUUAUCAAUUUUAUAACAUUGCCAUAAAAGUAUUCCAUAAAGUAUUAUAACAGUUGACUGGUUUACUGGUUGAGUCUUCUGAGUAAAGGAUCUCCAAAUCGAUUACAUGUUAUUGGGCAAAACGCAAUAACACAGCCCGAUUUUAAAAAUUCCUAAUACUGCAAACUGCUGUAUUGUGCUUAGUGUUCGGCAUUAAGCUCGCCAUCUAUUAAAAUGUUUUAACAGAACAGAUUUAAUAUGUCCACUUCUGCUUAACUCUUCCAGAAAGGCGUAUUGUAUUAUUAUGUUAUCUUACUAGUGGUUAUAAAACUCUGAAUGGAAUGAUUAUAUAAUUCCUUGUUUUGUGUAUUCUAUUUGUUUAAGUUGCUUAUUAUAAUUUUUGGUUUCAAUCAACAUUUGAUGUUUAUUUGAAAUCUGUUUACACGAUUACUAUCGAUACCUAAUGUGACCACCUUCAUUCAGUCAGACUCACUAUUUGAUUUUUAUUUAAUUAGUUACGGUGCAUUUCGUUUUGUUUGUAUUUAAUGCAUUUGUUUGCUCAGUUUGUGAACUAGUAGAACUAGUAUUGUUCCAUACCAAAAAUAAAAGGACACAAGGGAACAUUGUAAAAAAAAGAAAUUAUAAAAUGUAUCAUAGUUAUAAGAAGGCUUUUGUUGUAUUAUGUGGAGGUAAUUUAGGUGUGUUAAGAAUUAAAUGUAUAUCAAUUAAUUACUAAAA